UCGAAAACGAGCGAUGAUCCUCGUGAAUGUGCCGCUUAUAAUCGCCUGGUUUUUAAUGUACACUGCUGGGAGUGUUUGGCAAAUUUUCGUCGCAAACAUUUUACUUGGUCUUGGUGUUGGCCUCAUGGAAUCCCCGGUCAUUACUUAUAUCGGAGAGAUUAUUGAACCUUCAUAUCGUGGGAUUCUCAUCGCGUACACCAAUGUAUUUGGCUCAUUCGGAAUGAUGUUGGUGCUCGUUUUGAAUACGAUGCUGCCGUGGCGAAUGGUCGGCUUAGUGUGUAUGUUCAUUCCAAUUUUUACCGUGUUGGCGCUUUGUUUUGUUCCUGAAACACCAUUGUGGCUUCUCUCAAAGAAUCGAGUAAAUGAUGCUGAAAAAGCCCUUUGUUGGCUGCGUGGCUGGGCACCAAAGGAAAAUGUCUCUGAGGAAUUCCAGGCGCUUCAGCGGUACAGUCAACGUUCAAAAUCGUGCAGUUCUUGUAUAAAAAAGGACUUAAAAUGUACUCAUCCACUGCCGACCAUGCUUGAGAAAUUGAGGGAGCUAAAGCGCAAACAAACGCUCAAGCCGUUAUUCAUUGUGGUGUCGCUGAUGGUAAUCGCUGAAUUCACCGGUAUAACUGGAAUGAAUCCGUUCCUUGGCCAAAUUUUCAAAGCUUAUGAAAGCCCGAUCGCACCGGAUCAAGCAAUGGCCAUCCUUGGUUUUGUGAAUAAUUUCGCGAACAUAGUGUUCUUAUGCUUGAUUCGCUUCACAGGCAAACGGAAAUUAUACUUUCCAAUGUUAACGAUGGUAUUUCUAUGCUCGGCCACUGUCUCGGCUUAUGGUUUUGCAUUUCUUCCAAACGGCUACAACUCAUUCGAUCACUCAACCGCUUCAGUGGGAAAUAAAAAUCUCACCUACAUACCAUUCGUUUGUCUGAUUCUGUGGAGCUUCUGUUCGUACUGUGGUGUGAAUUCCGUGCCCUGGCAAAUGUUAUCGGAGGUUUACCCAUUCAAGGCACGUGGUAUUGCAUCUGGAUUAUCGGCAGCUUUAGACUAUUUCUUCACUUUCGUCAGCACAAAAUUGUAUUACGAUUUGGAAACAUCACUAUCAAUGCCCGGAAUUGCUCUAGUCAAUUGCAUUAUCACUGGAUUGGGGCUGGUUCUGAUUUACAACAUUAUGCCUGAAACGGAAAAUCGCACGCUGGAAGACAUUGAAUUCCAUUUUUCGGAUAAUUCCAAAAAACUCACCGAUCGCAAAAUUGCUCGAGUUUCCACGGAACAGCUGGAAGAAACGAAAGGUGAUGGGGAUGGCGAAAUCGUCAAAAGUAGCUUUGAGCUCGAAAAUGGCAACGAUUCACUCAAGAAUAACACUCGAAUCGGCUGUGAUAGUCGUGGUUUUGUUAUUGAUGCUUGAAUUUGUGAAAGGAAAUACUCUUCAACGGGAAUUUAAUUUGAAUUUUCAUUGAAUCAUGAAUACUUUUUUCUGAAAUAGACUGUCUAUAUAUUAUAUAUAUUAGAAAAAAUCGACUAGAGGAAGGAAAAGCAACAUUUUUCAUUGAAAAAUAAAGCAAUUGAAUGUGUUGUCAAACGUGAAAUUGUACCAAAAAAACACAUAGAAUAGUAUAAUAAAGAAAAACAUAGAAUUUAUCAACCAAUUUUCACGAAACAAAGGUAUUGUCGGACACCGAAUGAUUCAUUUAAAGCCAAUUGCACAAAAAUAAUUGAGAAAGGUCAAGUUCGGGAACAUGAACUUCGAUCCGAAUGCUAGACGAAGAGAAAAGUUAGAUUUUACCCAAUUAAAAGGUAAAAAAUUGGUCUUUGCGAAUGUUGCGAGAACAAAAUCAGGCAUAAAAAUUUCAUUUACAAGGGAUUUUGAUUUCGCAGUCUAGCUCAUCAACAAACUAAAAUGUUUUAUUGUAAUUCGUAAUUCAUAAGCAGUUGUUGGUAAAAUGUUUACUUUGUUUGAUAAAGUGUAUAAAUAAAACGUGUUCAAAUAUGAAUGAAAA